GGAUACGGUGCUUGCGUGCUAACAGCGCAUGUUAGCCACCAAGUCAAACAACUGAAUUUUGCAUUAAUUUCUCAUCGCGACAAGUGGCGGCCUGCACUGAUGGAGGUUUUUGGGUCAACAAAGAAACCAAACGAUCCUAGCCUGCCUCUGUCUUCCCUUCGCCUCCUGGUCCCUCCUCUGCAGCUCCUGUCUGCUGCUAUGUGGCAGCUGGCGAAGCAGAAAGAUGUGAUGAACUACGAGAAGCUGCAGGAGUUUGUGUUCAUGGUGACGGAGGCAGUACCUGGUCUGAUCAACCACAGACAGAGAGCCCAGCUCAUCCUCGGCCUACGAGCAAGGUUGAUUCUGGAGCUGUGUAAAGGCUCCACGCCUGGUUCUGUUGAUUCUCAAGUGAUCCAGAGCUACUUGGACAGACUCCCAAUAACCUCUGCAAUCACAGACUACAGGGAUGCUGAGGUGAAAACAACAGAGUCUACUUUUAUUGCACUUGUCCAGAGCCUGCUGAAAGAUCCAAUCGAGAGGGCAUAUUUCUUUCAGGAGGUUUUCCCAGUGGAAUACGGUCCACAGUAUGAUGCAGCGCUGCACGUGUUGCUGUGGGAGCUGCUCUCAAAGCUGGAAAAGCUGCUUCCAAUACCAGACCUUAAACAGACUGCAGCCUGGCUCUGCUCUGCUCCUUCUAUUUUGGAGGAAUGUGUUCAGUCGUCACCUGAGGAUCUGAGCUUAAUCUUCGAUCACUACAAAAGUUCAGGACUACUGAAAAUGGCAUAUGGCCCCUCUUCCACUGUUGGUAACUGCAUCAUGUCGGCUUUAUCGAUUCCUCCUUCACAAAAGACAAACAUAUCAGUCGGACUGGAAUCCAUCCAUAACUACGCCAACAUACUGAACCCCAUCACUUUUGCUGGAUCAGACCAGUACAGUGUCGUCACCGUCUACACUGAAGUUGAAGUCGGAGCAUCCGAGGUGGACGAGGAAAUGAUGGAAUCAGCUGAAGUUCAAGUUCAGACAGAUUUCUACGAGGAGGAGAUUGUGGCUGUGAGCACGGAUAACACUGGCAGUGAGGAGGCAACUGGCGUGAGGUCUGAGGAAUCGAGUGAAACUGUAGAUGUAGCGAAAGCUUUGGAGACUUUGACAAAAACUUUUGCAUUACGGAAGGAGAGCCUGGGUCAGGAUGCAACAAUGGGAAAGAGCAAUGAUUCGUCCCUUAAUGACGGGCUUGGGUCUGGAAAUGGACCAGAUGAAGGAAAAGCACAAGAAGGACAUGAAACAAGUGACCAAACAGAGGAGAAAAGAGAAAACACUGCAGAACAAGUGAUGAAUGAUUUCCAGCCUGGAGGAUUAGAGAGCAAUACAGACUCUUGCACCGACCUGAAGGAAAACGUUUCCAGUGACGUGACUGAAACACAACAGUCUGACUCUUCAGCUAACAUACGCAGAUCUUCACGUCUGCAAACAAAGACUUCACCGUCGUGGAAAAUCAAGAGGACGACAAGAGGAGUUGGCGAAGAACCAAAAAUGAGCACAACUGAUGUGUCAGUUGCCCCGUCUGUGAUCGCCAUCAAAGGAUCUGACAAAGAUGAUUCAGAGGAGACGAUGUCUAUCAUCUUCACCUGCUCUCAGUGUCCUUUCCAUCUCUCGGAUGUAAACAGUCCCCCUCACUUCCACAUGCAGAGUGUUAACACAGGAGUGUACAGGACUCUUUCAGGAACCAAAUUUACACCAUCUCCCUCCAGCACUGAUGAAAUAUUUACAUCCAUUAAACUUUUUCCCAAAGAAAACAUAGAGGAGAGAAAAGCAGAGCAGCCUGACAGUCAAAGUAAACUAAAUGUUUCUCAGUCACUCAGCAGACAGAAGGCGCUCACAUGUGAAACGUGUGGGAAGACAUUCACCCGGACGUCAGACGUCAGGAGACACCAGCUCACCCACACCGGAGAGCGACCGUUUCACUGCUCACAGUGCGACCGAACUUUCCAGCACUCAUGGGAUCUGGCAAAGCACGAGAGUAAACAUCACGGCAUGGCCAUCUCCUUCUCAUGCCAGCUGUGCAGGAGCUCCUUCGCUAAUCUCAAAGCACUGACCGUCCACCAUAAAAAGGUUCACUCAGAGGAGAGCCAGCUCCCUCAGAUCUGCUCCAUCUGCAGCCGGAGCUUCCCUUCUCCCUCAGAGCUGCUUGAGCACAGGAAGUCCCACGUCACUACUAAACGCUACAUCUGCCAGAAGUGCGGCGAAGGCUUUGACUCCCUGCUCGCACGCUCCCAACACCGGCAGAUGCAUCAGGUGAAGCAUCAGUUUAAAUGCCCACAUUGUGAGAAAACAUACACCCGGAGGUCCGACGUAAAGAGGCACCUGUCCACUCACACUGGAGAGCGACCUUAUCAAUGCAACCAGUGCAGCAAACAGUUCUCGCUCCGCUUUAUGCUCAUCAAACAUCUCCGUGUUCACACAGGCGAGCGGCCUUUCCAGUGCUCCCACUGCCCCAAGAGGUUCACUCUGGUGUCAGUGCUGGCCAGACAUGAGAGGAUGCACACUGGGGAGAAACCGUUCCUCUGUUCUCAAUGCGGGAAAGGGUUUUUGUCACAAGGCGAGCUCUCGAAGCAUCACAGGUCACAUGUGGAUGACAGACCCUACCCCUGCUCUCAGUGCGACAAACGUUUCAAGAGCAAGAAAACCCAGCAAGAACAUAUAGUCUCUCACACCGGCGCCCGCCCGUACCCCUGCACCUACUGCGGCAAAGGCUUCACCAAACCAUACGCACUGACCAGACACAACCUCAUUCACACAGGAGAGAGGCCGUUCCCCUGCGGACACUGCGACAAGUCCUUCCUCACGCUCAGCGAGGCUCAGCUGCACCAGAGAAUUCACACGGGCGAAAGGCCGUAUCCCUGCAACAUGUGUGAGCUCAAGUUCAAGAGCUCAUCAGAGCUGGCACGACACAAACGCUGCCAUUCUGGGUUGAAGCGGGUGAAACCAUAUUGUGAACAGUGCAUGAAAGCGUUCGCCUCCAAGGCCAAACUGAUGAAACACAUGGAGACACACAAGGACGAGGGAGGAGCAGCACAGACUGUGGACUCAAGAGAAUCAAGUACUUAAAUACAUAAUAGACUUUGUCAGUGGUUCAACCAGUGAAAAUGUAAAAUAGAGUGUUUAUUGUUUCAGAAUGGUUAGGUUUACAUGUUUACAGUUAUCAAAUUUAAGAAGUUCUGAUGAGAGAGUGUAUUUUGGCUGAUCUGAGGGGUGUACCAUGAAACAAGUGUGACUUAGCCAGGCUUUCUUUGCAUUAGCUGAGGGCUGUCAUACAAAGCGAGAUUAGCGGGUUAGCAAAGUACCUUUGAGUAAAUUUUGCAGAAACACCAAACUUGUUAAACACAAAUCUUUCUGACAUAUCAGCUUAACUCUUCUCACUUUGCAACAGGGGAAGAAUAAUUAUGUUCAAAAUGGAAAUCACAAGUGAACAAAAAGUGUUCAAUAAAUAGAUUUUUUUUACUCCGUA